AAACUAUUGUGUACAUUUGUCCCAUAUGGUUUUAUAAAAUUUAUGGAUUUGUUGUUCUGUGAUUUCAACCUUAUAACAGUUUAAGUCACUUUAUAGCAAUUGUAGAUAUUUAUUAAAACUAUUUUGUGUACAUUUCAAUUGGUUGAACAAUGGCUGAUUGGGAAGAAGUUAAACGUUUAGCUGCGGAUUUUCAAAAGGUGCAACUUAGCUCAACAACACAAAAGUUGUCGGAGCGUAACUGCAUUGAAAUUGUGACAUGGUUAUUAGACAAGAAAUUGCUGGAUUUGAUUUUCUCAAGUGAUGGAAAAGAAUAUUUGACCCCAUCACAAUUGGUUUCAGAUAUUAAGUCUGAAUUGUAUGUAAGUGGGGGUAGAAUAAAUCUGGUCGAUCUUGCUAAGGUGAUAGGUGUUGAUUUGGCCCACAUCAAUGCACAUAUUAAUGAUGUAUUGAAAGGACAAAAAGAUAUACAUUUAGUUUUGGGACAAUUAAUUGACUCAAGUUUUAUAACAAAAAUUGCUGGUGAAAUUAAUGAAAAAUUAUCUCAACAAGGGCAAAUAAAUGUUAAUGAUUUGACAAUUCAAUAUGACUUGCCUGCUGACUUCUUACAACAGAUCAUUGAGAAGAACUUGGAUAAAUUGAUAUUUGGGAAACAAGACAAGAAUGAUCCAAGGAUAUUCUUCACUGAAUCAUUCAUUGCAAGAACCAAGGCAAAAAUUAGAGGAGCCCUUGGUGGUUUAACAAGGCCUACAUCUGUAGCUACAAUUUUAACACACCUUGAGAUAACUGAAAAGUUAUUCUUUAGUCUUUUUGAUCAAACUUGUACAUUUGGAAGUCUUACAAGUAGACUGGCAGGUGCUCAGUAUAUUCCUAAUGUCUAUGCACGGUCUCAGAAUGAAUGGGUUCAAAAUUUCUACAAACAAAACGGGUACCUGGAAUUCGACGCUCUUGCCAGAAUUGGUAUAUUUGACUAUAAAACAUACAUAAAGAACAAAUUUGCUAAUGAAAAAUUACUUCAAUUAAAUUCAUGUGUUAUAAAUCAGUCUAUCUUAGAUAGGGCAGAGGCUGACAUUGAUGAAUGUAUUAUGAGCAAAUUAUAUGUGGAUUUGCAAACGAAUCUUCCAUCAGUAUUUAAUGAAAAAGAUAUUCAAAUCAUUUUGGAUAAAAUCUUGACACCACAAAAACAACAGCAAACUCUAGUAUUAAAUAGUUUUGUUAUUAGUAAAGCUUUCUUGGAAAAUAUAUCGAAAGAUUGUGGUGAACUGGUGAAAGAUAAGGCAAAGAAAGCUGUUGAAUCUGGCAAAUAUCAGCAAUAUCAGACAAGCUUACAGGUAUCACAUAAAACCAACAAAUUUGAGGAAGUUGAAGAAAAAGUAGACAAACGUGAGGAACGCAGGAAAAAGGCAGCAGGUGGAAAAACAGGUGGUGGUACACAAGGCAGAGAAACUAAAACAAAAUCAACUAAAAAAUCUGGCAGAAAUUUUAAUAAGCAAAUUGAAGAUGAUUUUGAAAGAGAAGAAAAGAAGAUGGUGUUGGAAAUUCUAAACGAGGAAGAUUUACUUGGUGCGAUACAGGUACCAUUGGAAGAAGAAGGUCUUGAGGAGUUGGUACAACCAAUUAUUGAAUAUCUCUUGCCAAAACUAAAUGAACAAGGACUUGAGAUUGCUGGAACAAUUUACGCAACAACGGUAGCAGAUAAGACUGCAAACAGAAGGCAAACCCAUAAUGAAGUACAAAAUAAAUUAAACGCCAUGUUGGGUGACAUCAGAUUAUUUGAGAAAGGGAUAAAAUUGUUCCCUGCAGAUGUUCAAUCUCACUUGUACAAAUACCUCAUCAAAACUUUAUGUACUGAUGUCGUUACUGAAAUUUUGAAUUAUGUGGCGGCUGAACAAAACUUUGAUACUACCACUGAAAAUUUCAAUAAUGAUCAAAGACUAAAGUUCAUAAACGAAUUACCUCAAGAAUUUAAAGCGCCUUUAACCAACUUGACCAAAGCUCUCACUGGUCAUAGUAUAGAUGAAUUCAUGACCGCCGUAGAAGAGGGUCUGUCAGCUUGCAGCAUGAUAAUCAAGAAAAUCGACAAAAAGAAAGAUCGCACUACAGUACUGACACACAAGCAUGAGCUGCUGGAAAAACUCAAUUCUUGUACUGAUGUUGCUCUUGUUUUGCAUCUGGCGGUUCUCGUCAUUUUCACAGUCGCUACUCAAAGUAUGUUGCACUGUAGUGGUAGGCAUUUAGCGUCUGUGCUUACCUUUUUAAAAUCGUACUUGAAUGGGGAAGAGUACAACGAACUAAAAUCAUAUCACGAUUUUGUUACACUUAUGCUGUCAUCAGAAAGUGAAGCAGAAAACGCUAAAGAAAAACUAAAAGAAAAGCUUCCUAUUAUUGUAAAAAUGGCUAAUGAAUAUAAAAAACCAGGCGCUGAAAAAUAAUAAUGAAUAUUAAAUUAUUGUAUUUUAAUUGUUAUUGGUGUAAGUAAUGUAUAUAAACAUUAUUAAUUUGUAAAUAUACAUAUUUUAUAAAA